ACUACUUUCCAGAAAACUUGCUUGUCGCUCAUAGUCAUUCGGCUUAUUGUGCGAUCAAAACGAAGAUUGAUAAACUACGUUCUAAGCAGCAAUCUAUGGCCAGCUCAAACAAGCGUUCUCUAAUGAAAUCAGCUGUCAGGACUAAAGCGAAGAAAGCGGAGAAUGACAAAUUCGAUAAAUCAUAG